GAGACGAAGGAUUAUGCAUCAACGUGCUUUGCUCGCAAAUUCACGAUCGCUUUCCUUUGCCGUACUUCAGAUUCUCUCAAUUUCUUCAGAUCGACUCAACUGUUCAUCAAAAUCUCAGUUCUAAAUUAAUAAUUAAAAUCUACAAAUGAAGGACGAUGAAUUGAUACCGGUAUCAACACCGACGACGGCGUAUUCAUCGUUGAAUACAAAUUCAAUACCGUCGAGAUCAUUACAUGAUGCUACAUUGUUCGGAAGAGGUCGGUAUAAGUUUUGGGCAUUGGCUGCUAUUCUUUUCUUAGCAUUUUGGUCAAUGUGUACAGGUACUGUUUCACUCCGAUGGUCCGCCGGAAACCUUAAUAGUCUCUCCGAUCUCUUCGAUAUUCCGAAAUCAGAUGAUCUCGACGUUCUCGAAAUGGAAGACAGGGAGAAGUUGGUGAAUCAUAUGUGGGAUGUGUACACUAAUAGUCCUCGGAUCAGGAUACUUAAGUUUUGGCAGGAGGCGUUUGAGGCGGCCUAUGAGGAGUUAAACAGUGACGUUGCUGAAGUUCGAGAGGCUGCUAUCUCCGAGAUAUCUAAGAUGUCUAUCCAAUUUGUUAAUAUUGAUCUGCCACCUUUGCGUUCAAUGGCAGUAAGAAAAUUAAGUCAAAAACAAGCUGAGAACAAACAGAGGACCGCAACAGGAAGUAGGUUAUGACUAGAAGAACAUCAAGGGUCCAAAUUUGCACGUUUCCACUUAUUUAUACUAGAGAAAUGAAAACGCACACCAACCUGCUCCCUGGUAUUUGACUAAAGGGGUAUCUGGGUAAAGAUUGCGCACAUUUUUGCAGCAGGGAUAAGCAUUUCUAACUUUUUGUUACCUGUACCUCUUUUUUCUCCUUCGAUUUUUCAUCUCUCUAGACUCUAUUGAAAAAAAAUCAUAUGGGUGCAGAGUUCAAGAAAAUCGUUAAUUAAUUGCUUCGUGCUAAGAGAUUGGUAUUACACUAUUACAGUUGAGAUACCAAUUAUACAAAGUUGCACGGGAAUAUAAAGAUUAUAUUCAUGA